CACGUUUCUCGUAACCGGUCCCCGCGAUUACGUGGCGGGAUUCGUUGGAAUUCCCGAGCGCCUAGGAAAGUACGUAGGUACAUUUAAUAGCCAAGCUUAUCACCAUGGCGACGGAACACGUGAUGCUAUCAUAUAGUUGGAGUGAUAAACCCGAACUGGUGAGAAAAAUCAAGACAGAGCUCGAUCGACGAGGAUUUAGGACGUGGAUGGACGUCGAACAGAUGAGCGGAAAUGUGAACCGGGCUAUGGCUACAGGCAUUGAAGGCGCUAUGGCGGUGCUGAUGUGCGUUGGCAGUAACUAUAAAAAAUCUCGUAACUGCGAGAAAGAGGCUGGAUACGCCGAUCAAACCCAGAAACCUAUACUCACUGUAAUUGUCGAAGAAGGUCUAAAACUUGAUGGAUGGGCCGGGGUAAUCAAUGGAAGUAGACUUUAUUUUGAUUUCUCCAGCCCAACCAAUUUCAAGUCCAGAAUGGACGAAUUAGAAAAAGAAUUGAAAAGAUUAUGCCCCAAGCAAACUAAGCGCAGAGGAAGCGUUCCUGUGGCUGCGGCGCCAAAAGGACCCCUACGUCGUAGGUUAUCAGACAAGGAGCGACGGGAUGAGUUGCAGAAAAAUCUCCGGGAUUUUGAACCGCAGUGGUAAUCACGUGACCAUCUAUCGCGUGACGAAUCGGGUUUACCUAUAAAUACAGUGUGCCCAACUGUUGUGAGCUUGAAGCUGGGAUAUUUUACAGCGUGUGCG